GUCCGGGCACAAUGGCAAAAGCAGAGUGAGAUACGGCGCCAAGGCCAGGAACGUCUACUCGCAUACCUCAGUGGAGGUCUGAGAAAGAUAGAGGAACAAGAGGUUGAGAACAUGAGGGCUAGUCAGGUGAUGGCGCAUGCUGAGCAGAACGAGAUGGAUAUCAGCUUAGAAGAGAGGAAAAGACAAGUGACGAAGGAGCUGAAGGAGUUUACGAGAGAGGUCAACAAGGUGCUAGAUGGAGUCUCCGACCCAGACUCGGAGGAGUCUGAGUCCGGAAAUGUUUCUGUGUCCGAUGAAUACACCACAGAAAGUGUAUGGGAAAUGGAUAUGAAAGCCAAGAAAGCAAGAAGUAGACAAGAGAUGGACAGACUUAAGCAGGACAAAAGACAACGUGAUGUCGAAAGGGAGAGAGAGCUGGAGAGGAAGAGAGAGUUGAAGAGACUUCAGCGGGCGAAGCGAGAGCAGCAGGUAGUGGAAGAGAGAGGAGGAGAGCAGCAGAUGAACAUCAAGGCCAAGCAGAAGGCAGAGAGACAGAGAGAGAUGGCAAUACAGCAAGAGCAGGAGUUGUCCCAUGACAUCGAAAAAUUAAUACAAAUUAUCCAGGAGGGGUCAGGAACGGACAAGAGACUGCACGACAUGGCUCGCAAGGAGUUGGAGGGGCUACAAAAAGCUGAAAUUUACUACCAAAACAAGAAAAGGAGAGCCCUGGAGAGACAACAAACAGAACAGUUGCAAAUACAGCAGAGACAAGAAAGAGAGAGAAGGAGGGAGGAAGAGAGAGGGGCCGCUUUCACAAGAGAUAUUGAAAAAUUGGUCGGAUACGAGUGGGCAGGACCGUGGGGCAUUGGCCAAUCUUAUGGAUGUGCUCUUGGCAGGAAGACGGUAAGUGUCUUUAAAACAUGCAUGUGACUUCAAACACAGGUUCUCACAAGAGAGACAUUGUUGUAUAUAAGGUAAUAGAAAAUAUAUCUGAAAUCUGAAUCAUAUG